CAGUAGCGAGCGAGACGCGCGGAUGCGCACUUCAGUGUCUACGGGUGUGAGACUGGGAAAGCCUAUAUGGCAUGUGAUUCGUGCAUAAAGCAAAAGUGACAAGUAGUGACGCGAUAUCAGCCAGGAAAAACAAUAAUGGAGGCGUGUAAUGCGGUUGAGCGUGAAGUUGACAAAGUUUUAUUAAAAUUUGGUGCGAUAAACGAGCAUGCGGAGACAGUACUGCGAGAUUUAAUAAAUCAUAUAGAGUCUCUAAAAAAAGAAUUCGAAGAAGCACCGUCCGAUCAUGAGUUAACACCAGGUCAGGCACAAGUAUUGAAAGACACGAUGAAAAAGGUCCGAGAGACCGCACAUCACUUGGCAACCGAACAUCGGGAACUGCAUAGUACUGUGUCGAAAGUUGGGAAAGCCAUCGAUAGGAAUUUCAUCGCAGAUUUUGCAAGUACUAGCAGAGAAGACGUUUUUUCUGGUCCAGAGAAAUCACACAUGCUGAAUCAAGUGAUUUGUCAGCAUUUCUAUCGUCAUGGAAUGCUAGAUAUUGCAGCAGAAUUAGCAGCGGAAGCUGGAAUCAUAACAGACGAAGGAACAGGAGAACCGUUCACAGAAUUAAAUUAUAUACUUGACUGUCUGAAGCAGAGAGAUCUAGAUCCAGCACUUCAGUGGGCUAAAAAGCACAGAGAUGCUCUUUUAGCACAGAAUUCGUCCUUGGAAUUUCAGCUGCAUAGAUUACAUUUCAUAAAGUUGGUUCAACAAGGACCUAGUAAACAAACUGAAGCCAUAAUGUACGCCCGACAAAACUUUACGCAAUACGUCGGACGUCAUGGGAAAGAAGUACAAGCAUUAAUGGGUACGCUACUUUACUUGCCAAAUGGGAUACAAUCCUCCCCUUAUAGUCAUUUAUUAGAUCCAACUUUAUGGCUUGAUAUCCACGACGUUUUCACGCGGGAGGCUUGCACGUUAUUGGGUUUGAGUGUCGACAGCCCACUUUCGGUCUGCAUUAACGCGGGAUGUACUGCGUUGCCUACGCUAUUGAAUAUUAAGCAAGUAAUGCAACAAAGACAAGUAACGGGAGUGUGGAACGGAAAAGACGAGCUACCCAUCGAUAUAGAUUUGGGCAAAGAGAGUCGUUACCAUUCUGUGUUCGCAUGUCCGAUUUUACGGCAACAGAGCACGGAGAAUAAUCCACCUAUGAAGCUGGCUUGCGGUCAUGUGAUCUCGAGAGACGCGCUGAACAAACUCACCAACGCGAACAAAUUGAAAUGUCCAUACUGUCCAGUGGAACAGAAUCCGGAAGAUGCUAGGUUGAUAUAUUUCUAGGAUACUGCGAUACAGCUGCACGAAAGAGACAUUACGAGUUUCUCUGUAACGUCACGCCUAAACCGAUUAAGUAUUUAGUGACUUUUGCCGGUAUAUCCUAUCUCAUGAACUCUCGUGGUGAACAUGAUAAACACGGUAAUUACGUUUCAUUUCGCUUAUUUGGUUUAUUCGUCUGAUCAGGCAGAUUGAGAUCGAUUCGCAUGGAUCGUUUAAAUUAUUUGAUUAUUUUGGUUGAUUUUUUGGAUCGUCGGUAACAGUGACAACUAUUAUUUCAGUUAAUUAAAAUUUCGGCGUCUUUCGGGCGGCAAAUAAAAUGAGUUGAAAAGGUAAUCGGAAUAAAAAUAAGUAAAUAAAAUAUAUAUUAAUCGAGUUGCGAUUCACAGAAUGAAAUAUAUGUUUAUAUUCAUGUACGCGCGGAUGUGACGAUACUAACAUUGAAAUUACAUAUUCGGUAGCACGAGCUCGGACAUAAACGUAAAAUAUCGUUGCUCAUCAUUCAAGUUAAUUGCAAGUGUAAACCAAUUCGCGGUGCCACACGAUUUUUCGUUCUACCGUUCGCAUUGUGUCGUAUCGUGUCGUAUCGUAUCGUAUAGUAUCGUACCGUACCGUACCGUAUCGUAUCGUAGCGUAUGAUCUUAAUACAAACAAGAGUUUCGUGCUACAAUUACCGAUAACACUAUCUUUUAACGAAAUAUUUUUCUAACUUGAAUAUUUAGAGAAUAAACGAAAGAAAUUGUAUAUCUAUGAAUUGUAUAUCUAUUGUAAGAAUAUUUCGUACUGUAAUUAAAUAAUAUAGUAUUGUACAGGAACAGAAAGGGAA